AAAGCGAAAAUUACAACUCUACCACGAAAAAUCAUUCGAAACGAAAAAGAGGAAGAAAGGGGAAAAUACAACCGAUCAAAUUUCAGCGAAUCAAGAAGGCGAUAUCGAUGGCAAUGGCGAGAGGUCUCUGGGAAGGGCUCUACAGGGUUCUGAUGCGCCGGAACUCCGUCUACGUCACCUUCGUCAUCGCCGGAGCCUUCGCCGGCGAGCGGGCAGUAGAUUAUGGAGUUCACAAGCUAUGGGAACGCAACAAUGUCGGGAAGAGGUAUGAGGACAUUUCCGUGUUGGGCCAAAGGCAGUCGGAGUAAUGUUGACAGAGAUUCAAAUCUCAACUGAUUUUGCUUUACCAAACAUUUAGCACGCUUUUCUGGAGUUUGUAUUGUUUAAUAAAUAUUUAAGAAACUUUUGAUGUCGUCCUUUGAUGAUCUGAACUUUUGUUCGCAGUUUUGUUGAUUUAUGAGGCUUGUGAUUACUUAUUUCGCUGGCUAAACGCGAAGAAUCGAAAUAAACAUGCAUCAUUUUUUAUGGA